AUGGUGCGCUUCGCAACUAAGGAUAUUCCUGACCUUACAGGCAAGAUCAUCCUUGUUACUGGGGGCAAUGUCGGCCUCGGCAAGGAAACGAUCACCCAGCUCAGCAAGCACAAGCCAGCCCACAUCUACCUCGGAGCUAGAAAUGAGUCCAAAGCUUUGGCCGCAAUUGAGGACAUCAAGAAGACAGUGCCAGACGCGGCCCCCAUCUCGUUCCUCGAGGUCGACCUGACGUCAUUUGACAGCAUCAAGCGUGCUGCCAAGGAGUUCCAGUCGAAGUCGCAGCUCCUUCAUAUCCUCAUGAACAAUGCCGGCAUCAUGGCAUGGCCGCCCGGUGUAACAAAGGAGGGCUACGAGAUCCAAUUCGGUACGAACCACAUGGGACACGCUCUUCUCACCAAGCUCCUCCUGCCGACACUCCAGCACACCGCCAAGGUCGGCCCUGAUAAGGACGUGCGCAUCAUCUCGCUCUCCUCAGCGGCCGAGAACUGGGUUCCGAGCAACCUCUACAACUUUGACGACUUCAAGACCGACAUGGCCUCCACGGGAACUUGGGCGCGUUACGGCGCGUCCAAGGUGGCAAACAUCCACCACUCCAAGGCUCUUGCGAAGCGAUACCCUGAGAUCCGCUGCAUCUCGAUCCACCCUGGAGCUGUCAACACGAAUCUCGUCAGCGGUCCAAUCGCCAGCUACCCUCUUGUCAAGCCAAUUGCAGGCAUCGUCCUUUGGCUUGUGUCGACGCCCGUGUCAAAGGGUGCGCUGAACCAGCUGUGGGCCUCGGUCAGUCCGGAUGCCGAGACUGGUGUGUUCUACUGGCCUGUGGGUGUCAAAGGCAAGGACUCUAAGAACGCGCUGAAUGAAGAGCUUGCAGAGAGUUUGUGGAAGUGGACGGAGAAAGAGCUAGAGCCCUAUGUUUGA